GAUCACAAGCCGUGGCAUUUCCAUAUCGAGAGUUCCAUUCGGCGAACAAGACCCGUUUUCGGAGCUGAUUCUGGUCUCAGAUCGGUGCUGUAUUCAGUGUCGGGUGAAGAUGGCAUUGGGCCGUGUUUGGAGAGUUUGCAGUGUGUGGCUGUUGUUGACCGUGACCCUGACCCUGGGCUGUGAGAGGUUACAGUUACUGCAAGUUCUCAACAGAGAGACUCUGGGCGAGCUGAAUGAAAUGGGUGGCCGCCUCCCUCGACACUGUGUGACUGAGAGGCUGUCGUUGAAAACCAAGCCCUUGGAGCUGGUGAAACUUUCGGCGGAGGUUCCUGCCCAGGAAAGGAUCCAGAUUGUCCAUCAGACCCUGCAUCACCUCCGCAGGAUCUACAGUAUGAACCUGAGCUCAGUCAGCUGGGUCCAGAGCUCAGUGGAACUCCUUCGGCUUCUGUUGGAUCGGCAGCUCAGAGAGCUGGAUGUGUGUGUCCGGAAACCAGGCUCAGAGACCAGACCAAGGAAGAAUGCCGCAAUUCUUAAAUACUUUCAGAAAUUGAGAGAGUUUCUGAAACAGAAGGGAUUCAGCAACUGUGCCUGGGAGAUAACCCGCACUGAGACCAUGACGCAUUUGAAACAGCUCCUUCUCAUUAUGGCAAAAAUCAACAGAGAUCACUGA